AACCUUCUCGGGAUGCCUGCCGUGGGCUUGUUCUCCUCUCGCAGCUCUUCAGAUCUUCCCGGGCGAGGGCAGCUCCCUGCCACGACGCGCCUGCAUUGAGCGGGUCUGUGCGGCGCUCCGAGGGCCGUGGAUGUCGGCGAUGCCGUAAGGAACAGCCCGGCAGCGCCUCUGGCUCUGCCCGUGUCCCCGAGGUCCCCGCAGGGCCGGGGGAAGCGGCACCCCGCUCCCGCUAUGCCCCUCUGCCGUCUAGCGCUGGAGUUGGCUGUCAGAGAAACCUUCGAGGUCCCCUGCUCGGCCCCGGUAGUGUCAUGAGUUAGAUUAGUUGGAGCUGUGCUGGGGGCGGUGAGGGCUUGGAUUACAGUCCAGAACUCAAAGUGCUUCGGUGGUUCACGUCGGAGGGGAGAGGAGACGCCCCGUCGCACACAUGGAGGAAAAAGAGAAAAAACGCCGUCUCUGGAAGUGAGGGGCGAUAAAGGAGGCCGGGAACAUGGACUCGGAGUCGCUGGACGGCUGCAUUCAGAGCACGUUAUCGACGCUCUACCCUCCGUUUGAGGCCACCGCGGCCACCGUCCUGUGCCAAGUUUUUGAUGUGGUGGAGAAGACGUACCGUGGGGAUGGACUGCGCUACCUCAUAGACUUCCUGAUUCCAGCCAAGCACAUCCUGCAGUGCAUUCAGCAGGAUGCCUGUGCUCAGUACUGCGGGUUGCUGUUCCGCCACGCGGGCUGGCCCCUGUGCAUCCACGAGAAGAUUGUAAUCCAGCUGGCUUCCAUUGACUGGCGAGUCUUGGAGCCUGGUGACUUCUACCUGCAGGUGGUCCCCCAUGAGAAGAAGUCUCCACGAAUUGUCCUGAAAUGUUUGGCAAAGGACAAGCAUAAUGUAGAGGAAGUGGUGAUUCCAGAAGUUUCAUAUACCUCUAUUUUUACUCUGGAAUGGCUGAGCACGUUCAAUGGAGAGCGGAUGGGUAUAGCACUGGAAAAUUGUUUACUAACCACUGAUGAUAAAAUAUUUCGUAUCCCCUGGGAUAAAGUGGUUAAUCCUGAAUUUAUAAACAAACCAAAAUUAAUUGAAAACAGUAUCAUCUCUCCGGAAAUAACAGAGGAACGUUCGAUUUUGUGCCUCCCCACGGAUCAUACCGAGUGCAGUUCACCAGAGUCGGAGUCUCAGCACCUACGGGAACAACAUCCAAAUCGAGACGACCUGGUCAUUAGCAGCACAGCUCCACAGUUAAGUGGGGCUCUUGUCAAUGGUGUCUGCACGAGUCCUGUGCCUCCAGAGAACUUGCUAAGUGACCUUGAAGGGGAGUACGUUGAGCUGGCAGAAGUUUCACUGCCCAGGUUUGGGUCACAAACAGGCUCUUUAACCCCAUCGCUGGCUUUGAAUUACCUAACUCAGCCCAGAGCACGAGUGAAUGAGUCUAAAGGCAAGCACAGGUUUAUUGUCCCACAAGACAGCACCUACUCCAAGAACUUAAUUCAGUCAGCACUUAUGCAGAAGGAGCACUGUCAGAUGGACACUCUGAGCACUCCUGGAGAAGUUCUCAAAAAUGUCAUUCCGUCAGAAAGCGGCAAAAUGAUGGCACAUGGAGAAGCGUCUCCUGAAGGUCAGCUGGUACCAGCUGGUCCUGGAAACAUGGGGAAUAAUUUUCCCGUGCCUGAGUCUCAUGCUUGCAGCACAGAAGGUUCAUGUGCAGAGCAGGAGGCCGGCAGUGAACGCUCGCUGGACUGGCGGUACGCGCUGUGCAGCUACAGCGACGCGUGUGCUGGAGAUGGCCUCAGCUGCAAGGCACAGACACCUGGUGCUCGUGGGGACAUGGAGGGAGAAAGCCAUGGUCCCACCAGAAAUGCUGCUCUUGAAACAUCUGAGCAGGGCCCAGAAACCAUUGUGAAUGCUGCUGCUGCUGCUGGAGAGGGUCAGAAUGAAAGGACAGAGGUGGACGCCCCUCCUGUGUCCGUCCCAGGGCCUUUGGGACCACGCUGCACACCAGAGGAAGGUUCUGAUGUCUUGUGCCAGAAUGUCAGUGAAAGUGUUGUGCCAGUUCAGGCCACUGCACUGCCUGAGAGUUCAGAUGUGUGUGUGGGGAGAAGCUCUCCCUCAGGGAACGAGGCAGAUGUAGGUUCUUGCUGCAGCGAUACGGAAGCAAGUUCUCCCUUAAAUACUCCAGAACAGAAGCAAGAAGUAGAUGAAUUUGAGGUGGGAAGAAGGGAUAGCCAAGAAGAAGUCAGAGAGAUUAAAGAGAUGUUGACAGCAAAUGAAAACCAGACUAGUCACAGUCACUGUUCUGUCAAAGCUUCUACGGAUGGACCUUUGUCAGAUGGUGAAAAGCAAGAGCAUAAAAAGGCUGAAGAAGCCACACUACUCCAAACUGCUCUGUCAGAGGGGGGUCAGAUGACAGAACAGUUAAAUAACAGUGACUCUUUGGGCCCUGAUCCACAAACAGAAGAGUCAAGUCAAUUCAAAACCCAGAGUUCUGGAGAGAGGUCUGAGGAACCACAAAGACUGGUGGAAAACCAGGGCUGUGAAAGUGAAGAGAGCUCUGUGCUGAACCCAGAGUGUGUGGCAGUACAGGACUCCCAGGGAAGGGAGGAGACCCAGGGAAGUUCUUCUUAUGGGGAAAAGUCAAAGACCAAAACCUCAAAAACACUGGAAGCCAUUGAAGAGGAACUGGAGGUUGGACCACUGUCCUCAGGACCUGCUGAGGGACUCACAGAGCCCAGUACUCUGCAGUCCCACCCAGAGGCAGCUUCUGGGACAUCAUCUCCUAAAGGUACAACUGUUGAAUGCUUGUUUGAUAACAUGGGUCGAUAG